AUGAAUUUAUUUAAACUAAGUGAUGUUCUUCCACUUGUUAAGGAUAAAGAUUCAUGUUUAGAAUAUAAACGUCAAACAAUUCUUGUACCAUUACCACCGAAUCAAAUAGGAAAAAGUAAAUCAGGUAUUAAAAGAAUACUGGAAGAAAGUUCAAAUGAACUUGCAAAAAAAUUGAAUGGUUUUUUACUUGCAAUUGGUAAAAUUCAUUUAUUAUCGGACGUAGGUCAAACAUAUCAAGAUGAACCAACAUUAUGGGUACCUAUUAAACUCAAUUUUAUUUUAUUUGUACCUGAAAAAGGUAGACGUGUUCAUGCUAUUAUAUCAAAACUUGGAAAGAAACAUAUCGCUUGUUUAAUACACAGUCGUUUCAAUGCAUCAUUUCAUCGUGAUACAAUACCACCUAUUUAUCAUAAUUUUGUAUUCAAACUAGGACAACCUGUUGUUCUUGAAAUAAUUGAAUGUGAUGUUGUAGACAAAAUUCUCGAUAUAAAAACUACACUCAUAGAAGUGAACAAAACAGAAAAAUCAUGA